AUGACAUUGCUCAGCACAAGGCCUGUUUCCCUGUCAAACAGGAACUCACUGCCUCCAAGAGCUUUGGACUAUGGAGUGUCCAAAGACAUCAAAGCAGAACAGCAAGCAGAGCUGCCUGAAGCUCAGAGUGACACUAUGGAAGAGAAGAGAAAGGACGAGGAAGACAUAACAAGAAUUGAAGAGGAGAUGACUCUCCCUCAGCACAGAGGCGAUCAACAAAAUCAGGUGGGUGAAAGAGUGGCAGCCACCCCACUUACAAAACUUCCUCUCUCUUGCUUUUUAGAAAAAAUGAAGGAGCAGAUGGAUGCAGACUUGCAGAAAGCUCAGGCUAAGUGGAAGGCAAGGGAGAUGAAUCAGAAGGAAGAAAUGAAGAUCAUCCGAGAGAAACUUAAUCCCCUCCCUCAGGCUCUACAAAAGCAAGUGCAAGUGUUGACAUCCCACCUGGCAGCCUCUGAAGAUUUCCAGCAAAUGUCUGGCAAUGAGGAGCCCCACCGUUGGCGUAAGGCACAGAUCUACAAAGGCUCUAUCACCAAACCUGCUGCAUCAGCAUCAUUGCCUAAAGGAGCCUUUGUUCCCCGACCUGAGAAGAGGAGGCAGGGGAGUUUGCUCAUCUCCCGUGCUGACCGAGCUGCUGCUCAGCAACAGGAGAGUGAGGAUGACUCCCUAAAGCUACUGAGGACAUUUAGGGACAUUUCCAAAACUGAAGAUAAGAUCAAGGCUUGGGAGAAGGGGCUGGAGGAAGAAAUGAAAAUCGUCAGAGAGAACGCUAAUCCCCUCCCUCAGGCUCUACAAAAGCAAGUGCAAGUGUUGACAUCCCACCUGGCAGCCUCUGAAGAUUUCCAGCAAAUGUCUGGCAAUGAGGAGCCCCACCGUUGGCGUAAGGCACAGAUCUACAAAGGCUCUGUCACCAAACCUGCUGCAUCGGCAUCAUUGCCUAAAGGAGCCUUUGCUCCCCGACCUGAGAAGAGGAGGCAGGGGAGUUUGCUCAUCUCCCGUGCUGACCGAGCUGCUGCUCAGCAACAGGAGAGUGAGGAUGACUCCCUGAAGCUACUGAGGAAAAUGGUGACCAUGGAAAAUCCCACAACGAAAUACACAGAACUGGGAAAUAUUGGCAGGGGGACUUUUGGAGAUGUUUGCAGAGCACUCAACAAUGCCACAGGGGGAGAGGUGGCCAUAAAGAAAAUAAAUCUUCAGGGACUGAGAAAGAAAAAACUAAAAGUCAAUGAACUCAGGAUCAUGAAGAUGAAUAGGAAUCCCAACCUGAUCAACUAUUUAGACAGCUACCUUCUGGGUGAGCACCUCUGCCUGGUUAUGGAAUACAUGGACGGAGGCACUCUGAGAGAUGUCAUCAGCAAGUGCUAUCUGUCUGAAGAUGAGACAGCAGCCAUCAGUCGGGAGUGCCUGCGAGGACUGGAUUUUCUUCACUCGAACCAUGUGAUCCAUCUAGAUGUGAAAAGCCGCAACAUCCUUCUCGGAACCGACGGCUCUGUCAAGCUGGCUGACUUUGGCCUCUUUGCUGAGCUCACCCCUGAGCAGAAUAGACAAAGCUCCAUGGCCUGCACUUCGGGGUGGAUGGCGCCUGAAGUGGUGACAGGUCAACCAUAUGGCCCCAAAGUGGACAUAUGGUCUUUCGGAAUCGUGGGCAUUGAAAUGGUGGAACGAGAAGUUCCUUACUGGAAUGAAACUCCUGGCACAGCUGAACUCCUGACAGCCAGAGGAGGGGGACCACAACUGCGGCAGCCAAACCGAUUCUCGCCUUGCCUGUGUGACUUCCUGAGCUGCUGCCUGCAGCCAGAUGUGAUGUGUCGCUGGUCUGCCAAGGAUCUCCUGAAGCAUCCAUUUGUAACAUCAGCAAAGCCAGUGUCCACCCUGGCAGCACUCAUCAAUUUGGCGAAGAAGAAGAAGAAGAAGCAGGAAGAGACAAGAAUGUAACAAUCAAGAUGUUAU